AUGUUCAGCUCCCGAGUGUGAGUUUCUGUCAUUCUACUUUUGCUUCAUUUUAUCCUGACUUUGGCAUUUUCGAGCUUUUCCAUAGUUCUAGUGACUGAUCUUGAAAAUUAAAAAACCAGCAAAUAGGUUCACCUAAAGCAUAAGAGCUUUUUCUACCUCAAACUGUCAAAAAAAAAAAAGAGAAAGAACGUCUUGUCUUCAGCAUGAUCAUCGCCGUCGUCGCCGCUCUCCUGGCCCUCGGUCAGGCUCAGGUCGUCGUCCCAGCCGCCUACGAAGCCGUGGUUCCAGCCGUGUCGCCGUUCUACGCUGCCUACUCGCCAUACUACGCCGCGGCUGCCUACCCGGCCUACUACGCCUGGGGAUCCAACAAGGCGAGUUGUAGAUGAUUAGAGUUUCCUGAAAGUUCCGGUUUUUCGCGAAUAAUCAGAGUUCUUUAGAUCUUCAAACCGUUCUAAAAAACCGUCAGAAACUCUUGGUUUUUCAGAACCUACUUUUUCUGAUUUCAGAUGAUUUGGAUGAUUCAAAUUAGAAAAUUCCUGUUAGUACUCCAUUUUUCAGGAUUAUUAUGAUAUCGCAAAGCAGUAGAUGAUCUGACUGUUUUAAGAAAGUUGUAGAUGAACAUAAUGUUUGAAAAUACUUGUAAAAGCUCUAUGACUUUAGUUUUCUAGUGGUUCUGUUACCAGGUAAACAGUUUGAAAAUUUUCGUGUGAUUUUUAGAAAUUUCUCAAAUUUUUCUCUUUUUCAGGGCAAAUCUGACUCUGCGCCAGCUCCUCCAGCUUCUUCGCUCCUGAACAACCAGCGUCCUUGA